AUGGCGCGUUGUCAUACAGCUGAAGUGGGAAACACACUAUAAGCAGAGAUGCCAACUCUCCCGCUUUUGGAGGGAGACUUACGGUUUUUAGCUUCAUCUACCGCUCUCCCGCUUUUAGUCCAGUGUCUCCCGCUUGCAACAAUUAAAUAUAACAAAUAAAGAUUUUUUUCCGUAUUAAUUUAAAGGCUGUAAUUUUGUGAUCGGAAUCGAUCACUGUACGCAAUUACGCAAUAAUAUGAGGCUCGUUGCUUGUUUUUACACGAAGUACUCCGACAUUCGUGUUUGAAACCGCAUAAAAUGCAGGCGCAGUAAAUGCAAAUUUAGGAGCAGAGUAUGGAAAUUACUUUUCGAAGCUACAACGAGAUAUUUUAGGUCUUCUCCCAUUGGGAUUUCAUGAGGUUGUAAGGAAACUACCAGUUCUUCCGCCUUUGGACAUCAAGCCAGAUGAAAAUACAGUCGUGGGUGAGUAUUAAAUAGUAUAGAGAAACAUCACCAGAUAAACUAUUUAAUAGACGUGCUGUAAUUUGUUUUUAUUCUUGGUUUUAUAUUGGGCUAUUCCAAUUAUUAACACCCCCCCCUGUUGAGGAACCUUGGAAUUUCCAGGGAGAGGGUGCAUUAACCUUGGAAUUUCCAAGGGAGAGGUGCACAUUAGCUUUCAAAUUUCAGGGGAGGGGGUACAUUAACUUAGGAAUUUCCUGGAGAGGGGGUACAUUAACCUUGGACUUUUUAGGGGAUGGGUUGCAUUAACCCUGGAAUUUCCACGGAAAAGUGCAUCCAGGCUCUGGAAUUCAAAGGAAGGAGUAAUUCUCACGGUAAUUCCUGGAGGGGUAAAUUUCAUGGGAUGGAAAUUCCAUGGGAGGACAUAUGUUAGAGGCAAAUUUUUGGGAGUAAAUGUCCCAUGAUGGAGGAAAUUCCAUGGACAGGGCCAAAUUUUAAAUCGAAAUUUUAUGGGGAAGGCUUAAUUUAAAAUGGAAAUUCCAUGGGCAAGGGUAAUUUUUACAAGGAAAUUCCAUGGUAAAGGGGUAAAUUUUACAUGAAAAUUUGUGGAAAUUCCAGAGGAGUACCAGGGCAUUUUUUAACUGUAACUACUUGGGCAUUUACCCCAGUAGACCCUUUGCUUGCCCCAGUAGUGAAGCAAUGUUUUCAGAUGAGCUGGGCCCUUCUGAUCAGAGGCCCCAGAAUAUCGAUAAUUGCGGGGGCAGAUAUUCAUAUAUUUGUGUUCACAGACUGUAAAAACAAUCGAUUUCAAAAGAAAUUAAGUGGGCAGAACACGAAUAUAUGAAUAUCUGCCCCCCCCCCUAAUUAUUGAUAUUCUGGCACCUCUGCUUCUGAUCAUGAAUUAAAAAGUAUUCUUGUUGAAAAAGCUGCAUCUGCCUGCUUUAAUUCUCAUAUCCUCCCAGGCUCUCACAUUCUCUACAUUCCAAAGUCAGCACAGCAUAGACAAUGAUGUACGCAUAACUGUGUGGGGAAAAUGCCCUCAUUGAAAAGGCCUCAGUAGUUUUAAUUUCUUAAAAAAUGGCCUGCGGAAUACCGACAUGAGAAAGGGGUUGCUCAACAAGGGGGUGCGGAUAAUAAUUGGAAUAGCCCAUUAGGGACGGACCAUUAGAAAAGUGAAGGGGGGGACAGAAAAAAUGCAUACAAUCAUAAAAGGUAAAAAAAUAAAAAAACAUGCAACAGGAACGUCUCAAAAAUAAUUGCAAACAGAACAACAACACAAACCUUAAUCCAAUAGCUCUCCACCCACAACAAAGCUUAUAUUUAUUAUCCAAUCAAAAUGUCACAAGAGAAAUUUAAGUUUCACACAACGACAACAAUCUAAUUAUAGUUGUGAUUACAGUUAAAACUACUGUAAAAUUUAUAAUCACAAUAGUAUAAUCAAUUAGCACCAACCAGGGCCGUAGCGACUGGGGUUGUGGUGGAACACCCCCCAAUAAUUGCUCAUGAGCAAUUUCAGGUCGAUUUCAUGGCCUAUUUCUUUUUAUGGGCCUGAUUCAGAUUGCAGGUUAGGUAUUCCUUGAUGUUGGUAUUUAUAAUUUUUUAUGACUAUCAUACAUCUUGCUGGUUUUAAAGCAAUUAUUGCUAGAACAUCUUGUAAUGUGUAAGAAAAAAUGUUUCAAGAAAACAAAUUUAUUAUAUGUAUUGGGUAAAAAAAUAUGCAUGCAAGGUAACAUGUUCAUAAAAAAUUGCAUACACAUUUGAAUAUCUGAAAAAAUUGCAAACAUGAAAAAAAUACCCCCCCCCCUUCACUUUUCUAAUGGUCCGUCCCUUAUUUUACAGGAACUUCUGAGAAAAUUUGUUUGAAAUUUAUUUCAUUACUAGUGAAAUAAUAUCAACCAAAGAGAUUUGAAAGUAGCUAAUAAAAGCCACCUAACUACUGCUUCUAUAUACAACUUUUAUUUCAGGCAUAUGGUUAUAAAUUUAUAGGCUCAUACAAACUUCUUGCAUUCUGUUUAUAUUUAUACCGCGAAUUUUUAAACGAUUAAUUAAGUUACUUUAAUAGCAUCUACACGCGAUUAUUAUAUUUUAGAUUUUUGGGAUAAAGCUCAUUAUAAUGGACUAUUAAAAAAAUUGGCCUAAUAAAAAAAUGUAGUUUUCAUACUCCCUACCCAAAAUAUUUAAGGGUUUUUCUAUUUUGCCAAUAGGCUUGUCAUAUACAGGCUGAAUUUAAUGGCUUGCCAUGUUUUCAAAAUAUUUGUGCGCAAAGUUAGGUCAACCAGAAGGAACCUAAAUUUUGUUACUGUUAUUUCAUCAGGAUUUAGAGACACAGUCGCCUCUAAGCUUAUUCCUUCGGAUGCACCUCCAUUUCAUUUGCCAGUGCAGACCUAUGGCGACGGGAACUGUCUAUACAGAGCUGCUUCGACUGUUCUUUGUAGCAACGAAGACAUGCACAUAGAACUGAGAGUACGGACAUUUGUCGAGCUUUGCUUGAACAAAGAUCGGUAUCUGGACGACAACUAUCUUAGAACUUUGACAGGAAAAGAUGCUUUCAUUAGCAAAAUGUUCUACAGUAGUUUUGAAACUACUUCUACCAAGGCUCAGACAAGUGAUAUUCGCAUUUCUUAUGCUUUUGAAGCUGGUGUACUGAAUACGAUAAAAGCAGGGACUUAUUCAAAUAUGUGGCAUAUGUUUGCGUUAUGUAAUGUCAUUGGCUGCCCUGUAGUGUCUGUAUACCCAAUGGUAAAAGGCACAACUGUUGAUCGCUCAUUCAUUGAUAUCACCAUAAAACCAACUGUGGAGUGUUGUUUGAAGAAAGUAAUUAUUUUAUGGUCGCACAUAUCUAAUACAGAUGUAAACAAAUGGAACCCUAAUCACUUUGUGCCCCUAAUGCCUGCUGAUUUUGUGGUCAACCCAAGUAAGGGAGAAUCCAAAGAGAUAAGAGCAGAGAAGCAAGCCAAGACGACUGUAGACGACUCUCUACCAAAAAAGAGACAAAAAACUCAUGCAAAUAAGGAAGAGGAACAUGCAAAUAAGAAGAAAAGAUACACUGGUUCUUUCCUCUAUAAAGCCAGUUUUAAUCUGCAAUGGACAAAAACAUGGCCAUGUAUUGUCGCUUCAAAAGAAUCUAAGCAUAGUUUCUGUUGCACCUUGUGUAAUAAGACACUAUCUUGCGGAAAGCAAGGAGUAGCAGAUGUCAAGAGGCAUGUUGAGAGGUAUUCUCAUUUGAAAAACGUGAAAGGAAGUAAGAAACAAGUAACCCUCCACCAAUCAUGUGCUCAAGCCCAGAACAAGGAAGAAAAGGUACGUACAGUAUUAAAUCAGAUCUGUUUUCUUGUCGUGAUUUGUUUUGUAUCAAAGAAGUCAAAUAACCUUCGUAAUGUGUAAUUGCUCUUUGGACUGGCCCUUUUCUUUAAUUUUUACCCGCCAUUAUACUUUAUUUUUGUCUCUUGCAGGUAACUUCAGCAGAAGUCCAAAUGGCUGCUGCGCUGGUGGAAAACAACAUACCUUUCGCAGCGGCAGACACAUUCAGCCCUUUAUUUAGAAAAAUGUUUCCUGAUUCUGAAAUAGCGAAAGCAUUUGCCUCAGCCAGAACAAAAACAACAUGCAUAGUAAACGGUGCAAUGAAACCUUAUUUCAGGUAUAUUUUAAUUUAAAUAUUGCAUGACUACCAUAACAUCACAAACGUUCUGUUUCUUACACAUAACUCGCAGGUCGCUUCUAAAAUUAGUGCGCGCCCUGCCGUGAACGAGCGUUUUAUCCACUGGUUCUAUCAGACACAGGUACCUCUCUUAUGGUAUCUGUCGUGUAUAUCUUAAGUUUCAAAGUACAUUAGUAACAUUACAGUAAAGUAAUAGUAGUAAUAGUUAUAGUAAAGUUUUAUGCAACUUUUUACUUAUAAUUCUUAGAAAUUUAUUGGUUGAACACAUGCGAGAAUACCCGUAUUCCCUUGCAACGGAUGGCUCCAAUGAUAAUACAUUAGAAAAGAUGAAUCCCUUGACAGUACGUAUCUUUGAUAUUAGUGGGGGAAAGGUGAAGACGAGCUUGCUAGAUAUGUGCAUGACUCCAAGCGGUACAGCUUCUGAUAUCUUCAAUGCAAUAGAUAACUGUAUCACGACCUUAACAUUCUGUGGGAUAACUGCAUUGCAGUUGGAGUCGACAAUACCAACGUCAACAUGGGAAACAGGCAUUCGAUUAAAACCAUGGUGCUGGAAAAGAAUCGUUCAGUGUACUUCAACGGGUGCCAAUGCCAUGUUGUACAUAAUACUGCUGCUGCGGCUUCAUCAGCAUUUGCAGACACAACAAAGUUUGACAUAGAAGAUAUGCUGGUAGACCUCUUCUAUUGGUUCGAUCAUUCAACAAAAAGAAAGAACUUACUCGCGGACUAUACUUAAUUCUGUGAUCAAGAAUACAGACAAGUUCUGAAGCAUGUGAGUACUAGAUGGCUCAGUCUCGAGAAAUGUGUAUCUCGUGCAUUGAAACAGUAUACGUCACUGAAGUCGUAUUUCCUGUCAGUGGAAGAAUCCCAAGCCCGAUUCAAGAGGCUCAGAGCUGCGUUUGAAAACCCCAUGACUGAAGUCUUUCUCCUGUUCUAUCAGUCUGCUGUGCAGAUUUUUAUUCACUUGAAUCUGUUCCUCCAGAGAUCGGAUCCUUUAAUUGGUGCACUAGGUCCUGCGCUGUUGCGGUUUCUGUGACUUCUUGCAUGCAAAUUCAUUGCACCAGCGAAAGUAAAAGAUGCAAAGGACUUUCAAGAACUUCUGGAUAGCAAGUGCUGGUUGACAGGUAUAAAAAGUGCAAAUAUGAAUAGUUGAAACGACAUAUGCACACCUCGUGCAUUUUUAAAUUUUAUAUUAUUCAAUUUGCAGUAGCUCAUAUUAAUUAAUUUUUAUCCUAGCAUCUGGUAUGGAUGUUGGUUUCAUCACCAGGAGCACCGUCAAUCGCUUACUAGCAGCAGGUGAUGUUUGUCAAAACGAUGUAAAAACAUUUUACAACGGCGUGAAAAUGUUUUUUACGACAGCUUUCAAAUAUGCUCUUAAUCACAUGCCCGUUGACGAUCCUGUGCUACAAAAUGCCCAAUUUAUUCAAUUUGACAACCGUUAUAACUGCACAGUAGACAUGCCUCUAUAUUUUGUGCAGAGGUAAGUCACUUCUAAGUGAAAUUAUAUUGUCUCUAUAUGAUUGGGUAUUUUUGCUACUACUUGUGUUUAUUGUGCUCUAUUUCUUAGAUAUCCUAAGUUACUUCCAUACAGUUCAGCAAUCGAAAUGGAAGAGCUUUCACAGGAGUUCAUUGACUAUCUUUUGUUGCAAGAAAACGAUUUGCAAAGCUCCAUUACAGAUGACCUGAAAGGUAAUGAUGGCAGGUACCUGGGAGAUUUACUUUGGAACCACAUUCACAACAUGAAACGCCCUGAUGGUCAGUUCCGAUUUAGCAGAUUGUCUAGAGUAGCAAUGCUGAUAUUGACAAUGCCACAUUCUAACGCCGAGGAAGAAAGAGUGUUUUCUCUUGUCCAAAAGAACAAGACAUCGUUUAGGCCAAAUCUUGAUCCUGACGAAACCCUUAGCAGUAUAAUCAUGAUUAAAAUGGAACUGCAGAAUCGAAGCGCGAGAGACAAAUACACCUUCCCACCAAACGUCCUUCGUGAGGCCAAGUCUGCCACCAGGAAGUACAAUGAAGCACAUAAAUCAUAG